AUGAGGAAGCCUCGCAGGAGGCCAAGGGUGAACGGGCCUGGACACGAUCGUGUGUUUAUCAGCAACAGCAGCUCGGGCUGCAGCCGCGAGAACAGCGGGAAGCGACCGGCCGGGGCCGUGCGGGCGGCGGGAGCGGCACAGGCCGGCGCGCAGGAACAACACCGGGAGCGGCGACCUGUCAGCGGCCCCGGGAGCGGCCCCGCGCGGCGGGCGCGUCACAUUGACAGGCAGCAGUUUGAGGAGACUGUCCGAACGCUCAACAACCUCUAUGCAGAAGCUGAAAAACUUGGGGGCCAAUCCUACCUUGAGGGGUGUCUCGCCUGUCUGACUGCCUACACCAUCUUCCUGUGCAUGGAGACGCACUAUGAAAAGGUUCUAAAGAAAAUUGCCAAGUUCAUUCAGGAACAGAAUGAGAAGAUCUAUGCUCCUCAGGGUCUCCUCCUGACAGACCCCAUCGAAAGAGGACUAAGGGUUAUUGAAAUUACCAUUUAUGAAGACAGAGGUAUGACCAGUGGAAGAUAAAGCUGUGGAGGCUCAGCAGACAGCUCAGCAGUGGACGUGCUGUACCCACGUUCCCCUACCUCCUCUAGAGCAUCAUUCCUCUCUCUGCUGCCAGAUCCACGGUGCCAUCUACUACAAGGACUAAAUUCCUAAAACUGCUACACAUGGCGUGACCCAGCUGGUCAGCAUCCAUUUUGUGGCAA